AAGUAACUACCCUUCUGCUUGUCGGCUUCUCUCUCUAAGCUUUGACACAGUUAUGUCACUGUUUUGAGUUAAUGACAGCUGGUUAAUUUAAACGUACUUUAAACGUACUUUAAACUGUAAGCUAGCGUUAACUUUAGUCGACGUCAUGGCGGCUUCUGCUCAUGUUUCCAAAGUCCGCUCGAUGUACAAGAGGAUUCUGGUCCUGCAUCGGUUCCUGCCGAUAGACCUCCGAGCCCUCGGUGACCAGUACGUGAAAGACGAGUUCAGAAGACACAAGAGUGCAUCACCUGAAGAGGUGAAGUCCUUCAUGACAGAGUGGGAGAACUACAAGGACACCCUGCAGACUCAGGUACUGGAGUCAGCGGGGGAGCGACUCAGCUCAGUCAAGUUUGGGACCCACCUGCCAGAGGAGAAGCUUGGCAGCUUCCAGGAGGAACAGAUAGGCCAGCUGUACGAACUCAUGCUGGAAUCCACCAAACCCAACAGACAGUUUGACAUCCAGGAGGACGGCAAAUGAAACAGCAGCAAAGUGCUCGGACAAACGGAAAACGGAAGGUGCUAUGAUGAAUUCAGACCACUAACGUAUUACCUCUGAGUGCUUCAAAUGAACAGUGGUUCUCAAAGGCCAAGUCGAGGCUUUUAAGAAAAUGUUAUUAUGUUAAAGUGCUGUGUAAUAUUUGUGCUUGUCUCAUUCACUGUGACAAUAAAAAGAGGUUCCUCAUGCUCCUCUGCAGGUG